AUGUCAUCGUAUUAUCACCAGAAAGUCGAUAUUGACGAAGAGGAGUCCGUGUAUAACCUCAUUGAAAGGCCAGUUGAGGUAAUGGCAAAGAAGGAGAUGUAUCGAUCAGCAUACCCGGGAACAACCCCACCUUCUUACUCAACGUUCGCUUUGAAAAAUACUAGCAAACCAGGAGUUGCAAAUGCAGGCGGAAGCUACUUUGAUUUGGAUGUCAUGGGAGGACAUCAUACAAUUAAAAAGAGUACUGCCACAAUGGGAAGACCGGUUAAACAUGACGUUAAACCAGAUUCUUUUACAAAGAAAAAACAAGGUCACUACACCGACGUUUUGAAAACUAUGGAAACACAAAAGGCUAAAAAGUUUGAACGAACCUUGCCUGAUGGGGUUUCGAAACGACCUCCAAUCCCCAAGAAGGAUGAGAAACCAAUCAUGGGCCUCAUUACCAAAAAGAACUAUAUUGUUAGUAACGCUGUUGAUAACAUUUUGAGUGCUCCAAGAAAAGUGAAACAAAUGGAGCCACUUUGGACACAAAAGGCAGAGUAUGGUAAAGUUCCUGAUUACCUUUCAAAAAUCAAGCAAGAAAUUCAGGAUGAGUACGAGUACAUUCAAUCGUUACAGCAACAAAAUGAUUCAACUGGAAAGUCAAUGAGAAAACUCUCAGAUGAAGAGAAGGAAUCCCUCAUAGAUGGACUUCGAAAGAAGUGGAAUGAGCUACAUGAGAGAUAUCAAUCGUUCAGUUUUGCAAUGCCAAAUGACAAAGUGCAUAUACAACGAAAAGAGGCAGUGGAGCAACAAAUGGAUGAAAUAGAGAAAAGUAUCAUCAAGCUGUCCAAGCAAAAUAUUUUUGUUUAUGACGAGGAGGAUAUUGAUUACUAA